CGCGUCGCGACUAGAGCGAACGCCAAUGGUGGCCGGUUGAAACUCUUCCAUUUGUUCAAAAUCAACACCGUCUUGAAGAAACCUGGAGUUUUCUGCACGAUAUCGACGACCGGCGCAAACAGUUGGAGUGACAAUUCGACGAACAUUCACGCAUGAACACACGCUCGAAUACCCAGUGCCGCUCAAUUUAUAUGCAAAGUACACCCUACCAGUGCACACCUCAAUUCAAUCCAGUGAGAGUCUUAUCCACAUUACAGUAAGUUGUGGAUAGAGUGUCGCCUACUGCCUGUCCAACACGAACGUUGGACAACGAAAAGAAAGUUCACAGUCUUAAGCAGCGAUUUUCGCAAAACCAGUGCACACGUUUGAUACAGUGCGUCCACGCAGUUCGUUGUAGCACCAUGCGGCUGUUAAUCCUGUGUAUGGCCGGCCUGUUAUUUCUCAGUGACCUCACUACCGGUGGACGUAUCCCCGAAGACAGGCAGGCUCUAGAAAUUCCCGCUCAAGGACAAACAGAGAAAAACAAUCCCUUUAUUGAAUGGCUGGCAGGAUUGAUAGGAUCUACGUCUACUCCAGCGCCAGAAACCCUAACACCGCCAGAUUCAUGUCCGAUGUGCAAAUGCGGCAGAACCAACCGACUAACGCGCAUCGUGGGAGGACAAGAAACGCAAGUUAAUCAGUACCCAUGGAUGGCAAUGUUGCAGUACUCGGGCACAUUUUACUGUGGAGGAUCACUGAUCAGCGAUCGCCACGUCCUGACAGCGGCUCACUGCGUGCACGGUUUCAACCGAAACAAGAUCAGCGUUGUGCUGAUGGAACAUGAUCGAGUGUCCACCAGCGAAUCGAUGACAAUGGUUUCGAAAGUACUGCGUGUCAUCGAACAUAAUGGCUACAACUCAAACAACUAUAAUAGCGAUAUUGCAAUCCUACGGCUAGCGACCGUUAUGACCAUUGAAGAUAAACUUCGACCAGUUUGUCUGCCAACGCCCAAGAAACCUUUCACUGGAUACGAUGGCAUUGUGACGGGAUGGGGUGCGACAUCAGAAAACGGAGCCAUCUCUACAAAUCUGCAGGAGGUAACGGUUCCAAUCAUGUCAAACGCCGACUGUCGAAAGACGGGAUACGGGGCAUCUCGUAUCACAGACAACAUGCUGUGCGCAGGGUACGACGAGGGAAAGAAAGACUCCUGCCAAGGCGAUAGCGGAGGUCCAUUGCACGUGAUUAAGCAGAAUAGCACGGACAAUGUGCACCAGAUCGCGGGGAUUGUGUCGUGGGGCGAGGGUUGUGCCAAACCGAAUUACCCCGGCGUGUAUACCAGAGUGAACCGGUUCGGUACGUGGAUUCGGUCGAAUACGGCUGACGGUUGUUACUGCAGUGAGGAUUAAGAGUCACCAGCUACAAUUUGAUUGUGCUGUUUUAUUUCCUAAUUUAAUCAUUCUUUCGCUGAACAUUUAAAUAAAAUAAAAAUAAGAAACUGA